UUUUGGUCCAUCGCGUCUCCUCGGUGGCAGCUGGCCCAUCGACUGCGAGAGGAAGCCGGGGGCUGGAUUUGAAAUGUCGCAGGGAUGUGCUGAGAAAUUGAUGAUGAAAGGAGGAAGAGGAGGAGAGGGUGGAGUGAGCACUUCCUGGUUCGAGAUACGUUAUAAUUAGACCCUUGCUAAACCAGUGCAGUCUGUGGUCAGGAGGUGAUGGCAGUACUUACUGAGCUUCACCACCACUACAACCCAUUCAUAAAGAUGGACAACCCCCUCCUGCACGCCCGAGUCUGACCUCAGUGCUGCCUCCUUCCCCUCUUCUCCUUUUGCCUCUCCUUGCUCAUCCCAACCAUCUCCCCCCCCCCCAUCUCUCUUCCACAACACUCCAUCCAUUUCCCCCCACAGUGAAUAUCCCUGCACCUCUUCUCCAGUCUUUCUUCGUCAUGGCGUGCUUUGGCCGCUCUCUGGACUCGCCAUGCACACUGGCCCUGCUGGUGGGGUUCCAGUUUGCCUUUGUUCUCUAUUUCUCCCUCGGGGGCUUCAGAGGCUUGGUGUCUGUCUUGGUGCACACAACAGAGCCAGAGUUCGAUUACUCUCGACCUCAUGACGUCUAUACCAACCUCAGUCAUCUGGGAGUACCGCCUCCCCCACCGCGCAACUCCGGCACUGGACCCCCUGCUACAGCACCACCGCUGAGAGACUGCCAGAUCCCCUCCCCACUGCUAGUUGGUCCCGUGUCGGUCCAUCUUACCUCUCCGCUGUCUUUGGAGGAGAUCAGACAGAGAAACCCUUUGGUGUCACCAGGCGGACGCUACAGGCCCCCGGACUGUGAUCCCCGCCACCAUACAGCGAUAGUGGUGCCAUAUCGGAAUCGGCAGACGCACCUCAGAGCCCUCCUCUACCACCUGCACCCCUUUCUGCAAAGACAGCAGAUCCACUACAGCAUCUAUAUUGUACAGCAGGUCAGGUCAUGUUGGGGGAACAGUACUUUUAACCGAGCCAAGCUGCUGAACGUUGGGGUGCGGGAGGCCCUCAAGGAUGAAGACUGGAGCUGCAUCUUCCUGCAUGACGUUGACUUGCUGCCUGAGAACGACCACAACACCUACACCUGCCACAAGCAGUUCCCCACACAUCAGUCUGUGGCCAUGGACAAGUUCAGAUACAGGCUUCCGUACUCACAGUAUUUUGGAGGGGUGUCUGCGGUGACACCCGACCAGUACAUGAAGAUGAAUGGUUUCCCUAACCAGUACUGGGGCUGGGGUGGAGAGGAUGAUGACAUCGCUGCCAGAGUACGCCUGUCUGGUAUGAAGAUCAUGCGCCCCCCAGUGGCCAUUGGUCAUUACAAGAUGAUCAAGCAUAAAGGAGAUCGAGGCAAUGAGCAAAACCCACGCAGAUUUGACCUUCUGAAAAGGACCAGACUCAACUGGCGUUCCGACGGCCUCAACUCUCUGACCUACGAGCUCCUCUCCAAAGAGCUGGAGCCUCUAUACACAAACAUCACGGUAAACAUUGGAGACGAUCCCCGUCUGCCCCCGGGGAAAGCACCUAGCCCUGGGAAAACAACAACUCCUGUCCACCAACGUAGCAUCAGCAGCAAGAGCGGGAGCACAGCCAAACAGGAGCAGAGGCAAGAGAGCAAAAAAGGGGCUGAGGCAGCAAAUCUGACCGUGCUCAAGUCUGCUGAUGACAAGACAGAACCUGCUCAAUCAAAGGCAGCAAAUCAAACGACACAGGAGAAGACGGGCGUGAUGAAGUAGAUUGAGGUGUAUAGAAUAGGGAAUGCAUCACAUCUGUAGCAUGGAGCAGUGCUCUGUUGUGGGACGUGAAAAACACCAGCUUUUUGUGCUCAGUGCAGGUUUUGCGACAGAUAAAAAUGAAGAUGUUACUACAUGGUGGGGUGCAUUCAAGAACACGACUGAGUCACCUGUUGGUGUUCAUCCACUGAAUGUGACUCAGGCUCUGCUAACUGACACCAGUCUGCCAGUUGGAGAGAACAAUGGUGCAGGACUCAAUCGAGUCCACGUAGAGGUCCAACACAAGCUGAAUGAAAAUGAAACAGCAAACAUAUAAAUCUCUGCUCUUUUCCAGACAUCACGACCUGUAAGCAACCCAUCUGUUGCCAGCAGAGCUGCGGCUUCAUCCAAUUUGCUCCCCCGCCCAAAAAAAACAAAAAAAAAAACUGCUGCUGUCAGUCCGUCCCACUCCACGGUGGGUUUGUGUUUCUGUGCCUUCUCUCUUUUAAUGCGCAUUUUGUAGACUGGUAUAGUUGUAUUUAGACGCUGAUCUGGGGUUCAGUUUUUCUUCUCCUGCGUCGCAGCAAAUGUUAGAAAACAGGGAGGCUCAAGCUGAUCCUAGACCAGAACAAACGAUUUGUUCCAGGACUGCUGUUUUAUAUUUGCGGGCAUCGAGCGCUGACAGAGUCCAUAGCUAUCAGACUAUUCUAGAGUUUAUAUUUCUAUCAAGAGACUUCUUUAUUUGUUUACUGAUUCGUUUCCUUCCCUUACAGUCUGGUGCCUCUCUCUGUUUAGUUUCUAGACAAUCAAAUCAUAUGGUAAGACAACUCUGUAUCCAACUGCAUAACAAAGUGAGAAGAUAUUAUCGUGACUAUCUUGACACCUGCCAGAUAAACAUAGACGUAGCAUGAUAGCUGUUGUCUAGCUUGUCUAUUGUAUCCAUACAUGGAUAGACCUGUGCUUCUGAUGUUACGUGCAAUUUUAUUAUUUUCUUUAGAAUAUAGUCCGAUUCGGUAAAAAAAGAGCAAACCUGCAGACAACACUGUCAAAUUUGCCAGUUUAAGAUCGUGUUUCCAACAAUUAAACAAUAGUUACGAUAACGCACUGUGUAUAGAACUAGGUCAGUUAGAAAGCCUGACAUCUUCACAACGGGUCUUUCAGUAUAUUGGGAAAGACCCCAGUGCAUCUAACAGCUAUGAAGAAGUGUCUGCCUCUCUUUGGUCUGUAUCUAUUUGCUCGAUGAAGCUGUGUGUCUUUAAGGAAAGGGGGCAAGGAAAGAAAGGAAGUGUAAGGCACAGGAUGAAAUAGUUUUAGGCCUGCCAAAUUAGGACUUGCAUGUAGGUUCUUUGUGUCAACAAAUCAACUACUUUUCUGAUGUAAAAGCUACGUCUCUUUAGAGAUUCUGUUCGUUUUCCAUACAAGCCAUGUGGAAUGUAAUUUUUUUUUUCAGUUUACAUACAUGUUUAUAUUUUGUGAAGAGAGCAGGUGAGCUUAUUUAGAGCCCAGGGACUUGAAUCUAUUGAGUUUUAGGAUUUCUUGCUGCUAUUUGAGUAGGGAAAUGGUUAACUCUUUAAUGAAUCAGCUUGAAAUAUUCCAUAUUGUAACACUCAUUAUCUAGGGUGGAACUGUGUUUAAUCCUAAUAACAGGUAAUGUAUUGCUCAUGUUUUGAAUGUAUUUAAUUUAUUGAUUCAUGUAUUGACUCACUGAUGGCGCUAAACACAGACUUCUAGAGUUUU